AUGACGAAGUUCCAAAUGAAACCGAAAACGUCACAGUUAUUGGGAACAAUUUUUCAUCGGUUAGUAAACCUGAAAUUGCUGAUGACGAACUCCAUGAAAAAAUUAAACGAAACUCAAAGGCAAAUUUUUGAAGUCGUAAAUGAUUGGGUGAGAACUUACACAAAAAGCUUGGCAUGUAACGCACACCAUAAAAUUGAGCCAAUUCAUAUCUUUCUAACAGGAAGUGCAGGUUGUGAAAAGUCACAUUUGAUAAAAACAAUUUCUGACAUGCUAAAUAAAGCACUUUCUUAUCGUGCAGGGAACUUAAAAGAAGAUAAGAUUCUCAUUCUGGCGCCAACUGGUGUUGCUGCUAUCAAUGUAGAGGGAAAUACAAUACAUUCAGCCUUAGGUAUACCAGUUGAUAGAAGUUUUACUAAAAACAUUUCUAAGUUGAGUGAUAAAAAGAGAUGCAUGUUGCGAAAAAAGCUUUCAGAGCUAAGCAUUAUCGUAAUAGACGAAAUCUCAAUAGUUUCAAACAAGCUGCUGUUGCACAUUCACCAAUGGCUAACUGAAAUAUUUGGAUGCACAGAUGAUAUUCCAUUUGCAGGAAUAUCUGUUAUAGCAUGUGGGGAUUUCUACCAACUUCCACCAAUUCAAGUAAGACCAAUUUAUGCAGACUACAAAGAUGUACUGUUAAAUCUUUCGCAUUGCUGGAAAUAUUUUAAAAUUGCUGAACUGACAGAAGUUAUGAGGCAGCGUGGUGAUCAAUGUUUGAUUGAAUUAUUAAACAAUAUCAGAGUGGAAAACCUAGAAACACAACACGAAGAUUUACUAAAAUCUAAAUUUAUUUUUCAGAAUGACCCAAACUACCCCAAGGAUGCGAUUCAUAUCUUUGCUGAAAACCAACCUGCCUCUGAACACAAUAAAAAGAUGCUAAACAGUAUAGCAUCGGAUGAAAUAAAUAUCGAGGCCAUUGACAAAAUUCCAGAAAAUAUCAAAGUGUGUCAAUGGUGCAAAAACUCCAUAGCCGUACUCAAAUGGAGACAGGUGGACUAG